GCUGUUAGUCGAAAUUCAGUUUGAGCGAAAUUGCGACGCACCGGCUUUUUGAAUCCGAACGGUGGGCACCGGAAGCACACACAAUAUCCGGAAAGUAAGGACUCCCAGGACAGCAAUGCGGCUGGGAUGGCGCUACUGCAUUGCACUGACUGUGCUGGUGGCCAUUUGUCUGGUAGUUCUGGUUAAAUUUUCGGACAAAAUCAUAAACGACAGCAAUGCCAAGUCCAGCGAGCUCGUCGAGGUGCUCUGGUGGUCAAGGGACAUGGAAACCUGGAAAUACGACGAGGUGCGCCACUGUGGCAUCAACACAUGCCGCAUCACCAACCAGCGCCACCGCCUUCCGAUGUCCCGGGGCGUUCUGUUCUACGGCUCCAACAUAAAGACUGGCGACUUUCCGCUGCCGCGAGCCGAGCAUCAUGUGUGGGCUCUGCUGCACGAGGAGUCACCAAGGAACACUCCGUUCGUCGCCCAUGAAGAGUUCCUGCGUCACUUUCACUUCACCUCCACGUUCAGCCGCUUCAGCAACUUGCCCCUGACCACGCAGUACUUGCCCAGUGGCCAGGCACUCACCUCGAAGGAUUACCAUGUUUCUUUUGCCGGGAAGUCGAAGUGGGCAUUCCGUCCGUCCGUUUCGGUGGCAUUCCUGCAAAGCGACUGUGACACGAUGUCCGGAAGGGAGGAUUACGUCAAGGAGCUGAUGAAGUAUGUCCAUGUCGAUUCGUAUGGCAGCUGUUUGCGUAACAAAGAUCUUCCACAAAGCCUGCAGAACGAUUACCUGAACAAUCUCUAUUCACCGGAGUUGCUGCGAUUUCUAUCCGACUACAAGUUCAUGAUUGCCAUUGAGAAUGCGGCCUGUCCCGAUUACAUAACAGAGAAGUUCUGGCGUCCAUUGGUAAUGGGAGUGAUUCCAAUUUACUUUGGUUCACCCACCAUAAAAACUUGGCAACCGAACAAGAAAUCUGCGAUUUUUGUUAACGACUUUCCCCACCCGCGGGCGUUGGCACAAUAUUUAGUCGAGUUGGCCGAUAACCAAACGGAAUACGACUCCUAUCGCCAGCACAAACUCAACUGGCGCAACCCCAUUUCCAACAAGAUACUGCUCCACAAUCUGGUCACGCGUCAAUAUCACAUAGGCGAUUCGUCUCCGGGAGGAUCACUGUUUGACAAGUUUGAGUGUGCCGUGUGCAACUAUGUGAUCAACACCGCCAGGAACGUGAGGGCCAACUCGCGCCAUUACAACUGCCCCGUGGAGCCGGUGUAUGCCCAUCUGGAGAAUCAGGAGAUGCCGCAGAAUGUCGCCGACUGGCGAUCUAUGAUGGAAGUAGGCCAGUGCCAAGCUAAGAUACUGGACGAGUUUUUUCAGCGAAACUACAGCUUCCAUGAAGCUGACUUCGAGGCUGAACUCACCCGGAGGAUGGAGAGAAAUCAAUGCAAAUAGACUGAUAUCAUCCUAAACAUUCCAAUAAUUAGUGAUUAAAGAGUGCCUUAUCUACUCUCAGGUUACCAUGUGAUAUUAAA